CUGCUUCACCUGUCUCAGAAAGUAUUGAAAGUACAGCGCGGAUGGCUUGCAGAGGAGACACACACACACACACACACACACACACACACACACACACACACAUAGAUUGCAGCACAUGGUGCAAUACACCUCACCACCCCCACAUAGCAGCAGCAGCAGCAGCAGCACACUCACCCAUCAGCAGCAGUCCGCUGCCUGCCACAGUCCGCCUGCCCGCCCAACGUUUUCAGCGGUCCGCCUCACCCAGUGUUUACCUGCCACCACCGCCAUCCAAGGGAACUCUCGGCCCCUUGGACGCCCCCUGCACCAUGUCUGGCCCUUGGGACGUGCCCUACAGCCUGCCUGACAGCCGGGACACCCCCUGUAGCGUGCCCGGUCCCUUGGACGCCCCUGCAUCAUGUCUGGCCCCUGGGACGUACCCUGCAGCCUGCCUGAUAGCCGGGACGCCCCCUACAACCUAGUGGCGUCCACCCCGCCAUCCCCGCCCUGCUCCUCGCCCAGCCACUUCCUGCCGGCGGAUGAGGUGAGUGGGGCGUUGCUGCCCGAGCUGUCUCUUGACACAAGUGAACCAAGUACUGUGUCAACAACCCCAGGCCCUCCCCCGCCCCUCACAACAGCCUCCCCCAUGGCGCCACAGCACACCCUCGGCCAUGCAAAGCCUACCCUACUCACAAGGCGUGGCUCAAGGCUCACCAGCCUCACAGGGCCUCCCGAGGUCACUUGUGCCACAGGGGUGCUCCCAGGUCUCCCCCGAGGCCCCACAGGACUGCCUCCAGUCACUUGGACCACAGGGACGCUCCUACUCACUUGGAAGUGAUGCCUCAGGAGAACUGCCCGCCUGGCUGCAGGAGCUGGCCUUGUCACAGCGGCAGCCGCCUGGCCGCCCCUGCCGCAGCAUCAAGCCCAAACUGCACCACAUCACCCACCAGCUGGCGGACCCCCUGGAGGAGCGCAGACGCCGCGACGCCAUCAGGGCCAAGACCAACCGCGACAAGAGGAAGGCACAGAUGGCGGAGCUGAAGGCGAGGGUGGCAGCCUACAUGGAGCAAUACAAUGCACUCCUAGCAGAGGUGCGCGCCCUCAGGCUCCGCAGCGCUCAACUCACCACCACCCUCCACACCCUCAGGGAACACCACGCCCACCACGCCCACCGCUGACACUACCACGCUGUGUGUGUGUGUGUGUGUGUGUGUGAGGAGUGCCAAGAUGGACGCCCAAGAAACUUCGUGAGGGGAGCGGGUUCACUGGACGAGGGGGAACACAAUGGCGCUGCUCCUCCUCCUCCUCCUCCUCCUCCUUCUCCUCCUGCUACUACUACUACUACUACUACUACUACACGCACCUCCGCUGCAGAUGGGCGUCCCUUGGCCAGAAGAGUUCCAGCAUGAGCCACGCCCGCGCCAGAAGCACCGCAGUGUACGCCUCCACGCCCACCAGCACCAGGAUCAACACGAAGCCAAACCAGCCUGCAGGAGUUGAAGGUGGUGGUGGUGGUGGUGGUGGUGGUGAAUAAUAAGUUUCAAUUUGCUUUAUUUUUCUUUAGCCAAUACAACGAAUUUCGACCGUAAAGACAAUGUAAGGUGCUUUUAAUAAAUGUCUUUUAAAGGAAGAGAUUAAAAAAAGGAAUACAUUUGAUCAACUUUAUGGUCAAGAGGUGAUAAGAGCAAGAGGAAACAAGAGCCAGUGGAUAGAAGGUCAGGAAGGAAGAGCCACGCGCCACUAACAGCUAAACAAAGAGCUAAUUCACCCCUUCAGCACCAUGACGCAUUUCCAUAUCCAUCCUGGUGACUAUUUGGUGACUCUAUACAGCUUCAGAAACUCAUGUGGGGGUUUAAAUAGUGAAGACUGUGGCCAUUAAUCUUCUGACCUUUAUAGACCCUUCCUAAUGUCAAUAAAAUGGUCUAAUGGUAUAUAAAUCUCAAGGUAAAAAUGUGUCCCAGUACUGAAAGGGUUAAAUCUUUCAAGGCUUAAUCUUUCGUCUUUCACAAACACAACUCACAAUAAAAUGUUUGCUUAGAUGAUAAGAGACUGAGUGUUGGUGAUGAUGGUGACUGACACACACACUCAUACACACACACACACACACACACACACACA